AUGACUGACAUAAGGUACGUACAAAAGACUAUAUCAUACAAUGUGAUCUCACAUGGAAAACCAGUAAACAGCCUAGAGGCUAAUGUUCUUUCCCAAGCAGGAAGAGAGGUGCUGAUUAAGGCAGUGGCAAUGGCUGUCCCUGCCUAUCCCAUGUCCAUUUUCCUUAUGCCAUUGACCCUGUGCAAGAAGGUCAACUCCGACAUCUCAAACUUUUGGUGGGGUUACUCAAACUCAAAGGAAAAAAUCCAUUGGAAGGCUUGGGACUCCCUUUGUACGAGUAAAUUCGAAAGGGGCAUUGGUUUUAAGGAUCUUCACAUUUACAUCAUGGCUCUCCUUGCCAAACAAUGUUGGAGAUUGAUUAACAAGCCGGAGUCACUGUGGAGUAGAAUCCUAAGAGCAAGAUACUUUGAUAAGUCUACUUUCUUAAAGGCGAAGAAAGGAGCUAGACCAUCAUGGGUGUGGAAUAGCUUGUUGGCUAGUAGAGAAGUGAUUGAAGAUAAUCUUUGA